AUGAAAGCCAAAACCGCCAUCCGCAUUCACCUCCAAAACGUCCUGAGCCUGGAAGAGCUUCGGGGAGAGCAUCCGACUCUGCAGAAUUUGAGGGAGUACGGCUGUGUCUCGUGGUCGACAAUCAACGACUCGACGGCCCACUACGCUAACGGCUUCUGCUUCGAGAUCAAUUCGGAGCUGCAGGAAGGUCGUUGGGGCCAUGAGGUGGUCGUCACAACUCUGACGUGCAGCAACUCUCCGACUCAUGUGACGGUCGAGGUCGAGGUUAGCGCGGACGAAUACGACAGCUUGGGAUGGCGCGAGACCAUCUCUCGACUCGAGGAUGAGCUUUAG